AUGCUGCUAACCGGUCAUGAAGAAGAAAUUUUUGCCGCUCGUUUCAGUACUGACGGAACUUGUCUUGCAACUGCGGGAUUCGACCAGAAGAACUUCUCUUUGCUGCGUGGUCAUACCGGUGCUGUUAUGGAUGUCCAUUUCAAUACAGAUUCAAGGUAG